CAUGAGACGAAAACCCAUCUACUUUUUAACAGUAGUGGUCGACAACCCGGCGAAAUCGAACAUCCAGACUUUAAAGCCCCUCAGUUUCUUGCCCAGGUGACUCCAGUGACGAAAAAAAUGGUUGCUAAACAGAGAAUACGUAUGGCCAACGAAAAACACAGCAAAAACAUUACACAACGAGGAAAUGUAGUGAAAUCAGCGAGGUCACAAGAAGACAAAGCCGCAGUGGGACCAUGGCUUCUGGCAUUAUUCAUCUUUGUCGUAUGCGGCUCGGCAAUUUUCCAGAUCAUCCAGAGUAUCAGAAUGGGGAUGUAAACUUGGGAUUGGACCGUAACUUUUGGCAGCUUUCUCUCUCUCUUGUGCCCCCCACCCCUCCCUUCUCAAGGGUGAAGGUCAAUUGUCCAUUCCUUCUUUCUUAUUUAAUCUUCGCUCGUCUUUUAUAUGCCAGGCGGAUUAAACAUUAUCCGUUGAUCUCCUGAGUCUUAUACAAGUGGGUGAGAGAAAGAGAAAUGUCAAAGAAAACUUCUGACAAAGCCAUACGUCACGGAAAUUCAACAUUCCAGCACCGGACUUUUCACCAAGUUUGUUGGUGAAUCCAACAUUCUUUUUUUCUUUCUUUUUUUUUUUUUUAAUUGUUUCUUUUAAUGUGAUUCUUUCCAUUUAGUCUCUUCUGAUUCUCCUCUGUGAUUUGAAAAAGGACUGUCAGAUGUCAAGGUCUGCUGGCAUUGUUCAUUUGGACCAAGACAUGAAAUGUUUUUUGAACUGUCUGUGUUGAGUGAUGUGCCAAAAAGAGAGAGAAGGCAUGCUAGAACAGCUGUCAGUUUCAACUCUAUCAACCUAAUAGCAGGGCUUAUUUCCUAAAGCAAAACAACAACAACAACUGUAAUUGAUGACAACAUGCACCAUUUAAGGAUCUUGCAUCUCUCUGAAGCUUCGUUUGUACAUUUGUAAAACUAUGACUUCAACAAAAUCUGUAUCAGAUCAUUUGUGUCUGAAGUUUGGAACAAAUGAAAUAAGUGGCAACUAUGGUUUUGCUUUUGCAGUCAAAACAACCCAUUCAAAACAAAUAAAAGAAUAUGAAGGAGUGUG